AUGGCAGAUAAUACCCUUGAAAACAACAUGCCUGGCUCUUCCAAGUACGCCACCCUUUCUUUCCACAAAACGGACACCAUCCGUUUGUUGGGUUUCCCAGACGAGAUCAAGUCAAAUAUGGAAUCCGUGAUUGCCUCGGUCUGGCAACCUGGCAUUCAAUCUAAUGGGCCAUGUGGUGAGGCAUUCGAAUUCAAAUUGAAAGGGAAGCCGUGGGGAUACUUUGGUAGUCAAGAUGCGGUUGGAGGAAUACGGCUGCUUCGGGAUCUUCUCGCCCUACUUUACAACCACUCCUGGGAACUUGUCACCUCGGCGAUAUGCAGCCGACGAUAUACCGCAAAGGACACUUUGAUUUUCCGGCGAACCUCACUUCCCUCAGCUGUUGUACCCGCACAGCCAGUUGAGUGGCUUGGGUUGGCGACGGCUUUCUAUGACAAGAUUCGGAUCGUAUAUGACGCAAAGAACGACGGAUGUCCAGGGACCGAGGCUGAUCAUGAUCACCUGGGUGUCGUCAUUAUGAAUCUCAAGAAGAUGCUGGAGAGCCUGGACUACUUUGAGAAGGGUGACUGGAGCCAUGAUUCGUUCGAGUUCAAGUUGAAAGGCCGGCCAUGGCGGUCUAGAGGUGAAGCCUCUGUCAAGAUGCGGCUGAUGGUCUUGCGGCUGUUGGAGACGAUGGAGUCGAUGGGCUGGAGAGUGUAUGCCACCAUCUUGCAGCGCACUGGGACUGAUGAGGACCGGAUGAUGGAUACCUGGUAUUUUGUGAGAACAAGACCAAGCGGCGAAAAUGUCACUUAA